AUGACGACGAUCAAAAAGCGAGAGCGGGCGGUGCUGGGGACCGUCUCUUUCAUGCGCCCUAUGGUCACAGACACCAACACUGGGACGAAGGGUUUGAAUAAGAAGGAGACGUCUCCCAAAUCCAGGCGUGAACAGGUUCUCAAGGCCCAAAGAGGUCAUCGGCAGCGAUCAAAAGAUUACAUGGAUGCUCUCGAGAAGGAAGUGCUCAAGCUCCGAAUUGAAGCAGCGCAGUUCCGUAAGGAGGGACAACGCAAUGGAGAGGCAGCUAGUCAUUGGAAGGAUUGCCUUGCUGCUGUUAUCGGUCCUCCACGGCCUCAAUCCUUGACGACAAGUAACUUGAUCAUGUUACGGGCUCCCGGCCAUUUCAUUUGGGCAGUCGAGAAGACGGCGAGGGCUUCGGCUGCAUUGCUACCGAUACAGGCUGAGUCUGAACUGUCGAAUAUGGCACAAAUGCCAAUCCAUGCACUCCAAAUGGGAAUACCGAGGCCGAUCGAUACAUAUCGUGGUCUGGAGGUCCGACUGCUACAUCAUUUCUGUCAAUUUGUGAUGCCAUCUCUUGAAAUCACCGAGUCGUCAAAUUAUGGAUACGCCCAGCAUGUAAUCCCGUUGGCCAUGAACAAUCAAAUGGUUCGACAUGCCAUCCUAGCUGCGUCGGCUGGCCAUCUCGAGAUAACCCAAGCGAGCAAAGUGCCUCUUGGCGCCCUGGAAUACAGGUCGGCGGCUAUAUCAGGCUUAAGAGAGGCGUCCCACCAUUCUCCCUCAGACCCAUUGUCUCGCCUUUCCAUUUUGGCCACAAUCCUCGGGCUGCUGGUAGACGACAUGAUAUCCGGGCACCAAGAUUUCCAAACCUUGAUCGGUCUGGCCAACUCAUGGGAUCAACUGAGUCUUCCUCUAGGAAGCACCUCAAGCGAGGUUGACUCUCGCGAAUUUCUCCAGGACCAAAUUCAAGUAAUGAGGACCUUGAUCCAUCCCAUAUAUCACUUCCAGACGUCCCUUCAAACCGGAGAGGGCUCAGACCCUGGAUCCCGGACAAAGAAAAUCAGCGAGAUCUUCGUGAAAAUUGACACAGCGACAACCCUGGCCUGCGAGAUCCAUUCUCUAGCAUCAACACGGAUCUUUGAGCAGGGUGUAGACGAAACUACCGCUGAAAAUGCCCUUAAGAGAUUAGAUGAUCUUUUGGACGGAUUGAGAACCAUUGUUAGCAGCAUUCCGCCUUUUUCACUUGGCGAGAAUGGACUUGUAUGGGUGUGUUCGAUUGCGGCAUCGACCAGCCAAAAAGAGCAUCAUAAGGCAUUCUUCGCCUCUCAUUUAGCCCAAUUACUACGUCGCACUGGGCAUCCGGAUAUCAAAGGCGUUCUCUCUUCUAUGAAUGUGCUUUGA